AUGACUAAUCCGUCUGCAACUAUUCAUUUCCAUCACUAUCUAUCUAUCUAUCUAUCUAUCUAUCUAUCUAUCUAUCUAUCUAUGCCAGUCAAUCACUCAAUCUAUCUAUCAAUCUAUCUAUCUCAUUCUGUUUCUAUCUAUCUAUCUAUCUAUCUAUCUAUCUAUCUAUCUAUCUAUCUAUCUAUGCCACCUAUCUAUCUAUCUAUCUAUCUAUCUAUCUAUCUAUCUAUCUAUCUAUCUAUCUACUGUUGUUCGUUAUUUAUCCAUAUAUAUGUAUGCAUGUAUGUAGCUAUCUUGUUCCGUUCAUUAUCUAUCUAUCUAUCUAUCUAUCUAUCUAUCUCAUCAUGUUUAUAUUUAUUUAUCAAUCUGAGUUCAUUAUCUCUCUCUCUCUCUCUCUCUCUCUCUCUCUCUCUCUCUAUCUAUCUAUGCUUGUUUAUCUAUCUCUAUCUGGAUAUAUUCUUCUUUUUUAAAAGCUCAGAUCAUUCAAUAAGUGGAUGUGGUAUAAUCAGUUACUUUUUAGUCUGA